CUUGCACGAGCGGGGACAAUUCCACUCUCUGGAAAAUGUGACAGCACCAAUUUUAUUAUAAUUAAAUAAGUACCAAUAGAGUUUGGACUUCUCAAAUAUUAUGUGAGGAAGAUGGCCCAAACUACCUCACCAGCAACAUCCAUCCAUGGUGAGGACUCCUCUGAAAGCAGAAUGGUGGUUACAUUCCUCAUGUCAGCACUUGAGUCAAUGUGUAAAGAACUUGCCAAGUCCAAGGCAGAAGUUGUCUGUAUUGCUGUAUAUGAAACAGAUGUGUUUGUAGUUGGAACUGAAAGAGGAAAAGCCUUCAUCAAUUCUAGGAAAGAUUUUCAGAAGGAUUUUGUUAAAUACUGUGUUAAAGAAGAUGAGAGAGCUACAGAACUGCAGAAAACAAAGGCUGUGUCACCUGUAAACAGACUGACAGUGGAUAUUAUGGAACUGGAAGCUCUCAGAAAGUCUGUGGAGGACUUUUUCUGCUUUUGCUAUGGUAAAGCUUUAGGAAAGUCAACAGUGGUACCUGUGCCAUAUGAGAAGAUUCAGAGGGACCAGUCUGCUAUGGUAGUGCAGGGCCUGCCCGAAGGACUUGCAUUCAAACAUCCAGAAAAUUACGAUGUUUCAACCCUGAAAUGGAUUUUGGAAAACAAGUCAGGGAUCUCAUUUAUCAUCAAGAGGCCUUUCCUAGAGCCAAAGAAACACCUAGGAACUCGUAUGACAGAUCCUUCACAUUCAGUUAUAUCUCCAGGUGGAAGUUGUCCUCCUAUUCAAGUGAAAAUGGAACCAAAUGAAGACUCUGGAAGUUCUUUGGAAAUGGCAACAGUAGCAGUGAAGGAGGAAUCAGAUGAUCCUGACUACUAUCAAUACAAUAUUCCAGCAGGCCCUUCUGAAACAUCAGAGAUGGAUGAAAGGAUUGCUCUUGCAAAAAGUUACACAGGAAGACACCAGGGUUCCGACUGCAGUGAAGGAACAGAUGUGGAAAUACCAGUGGAAGAUUCCUCCCAGCAGGCCCCUUCAGAAGCAAGUGAGGAUCCUGAGGUCGAGGUCACCAUUGAAGAUGAUGAUGAUGACUACUUACCCCCUAACAAGAGAUCUAAGAACACCGAGUCAGCUAAUGAAACUGCCACUACUGGGAGAAGAAAAGUGAGAGAGUUCAAUUUUGAGAAAUGGAAUGCACGAAUUACAGACUUGAGAAAGCAAGUUGAAGAGCUGUUUGAAAAAAAAUAUGCUCAAGCUAUCAAAGCAAAAGGUCCAGUGUCUAUCCCAUACCCACUCUUUCAGUCACAUGUGGAAGACUUAUAUGUGGAAGGGCUGCCAGAAGGAAUUCCCUUCAGGCGGCCAUCCACGUACGGCAUUCCCCGUCUUGAGAGGAUACUUCUAGCAAAGGAGCGGAUCCGGUUUGUGAUUAAGAAGCAUGAGCUCUUAAAUUCAGCACGAGAAGAUGUACCAUUGGACAAACCAGUUGCAGGAGUGAAAGAAGAGUGGUAUGCCAGAAUCACCAAACUGAGAAAGAUGGUAGAUCAGCUCUUCUGUAAAAAGUUUGCUGAGGCCUUGGGGAGCACUGAGCCUAAAUUAGUUCCAUACCAGAAAUUUGAGGCCUAUCCUACUGACCUCUGUGUUGAAGGGCUGCCAGACAACAUCCCCUUUAGGAGUCCCUCCUGGUACGGAAUCCCUCGCCUCGAAAAAAUAAUUCAAGCAGGCAACAAAAUAAAAUUUGUGAUCAAAAGGCCAGAGCUGCUAACUCUCACCUCAACCGAAGUUAUUCAACCCAGGGUGAAUGGCCCAGUGAAAGAAGAUUGGAAUGUCAGGAUCACAAAGCUAAGAAAGCAAGUAGAAGAGAUAUUUAAUACCAAGUUUGCCCAAGCUCUGGGGCUUUCAGAAGCAGUGAAAGUUCCCUAUCCUGUAUUUGAAUCAAACCCUGACUGCUUGUACGUCGAAGGCUUGCCAGAAGGAAUCCCCUUCCGGAGUCCCACAUGGUUUGGAAUUCCGCGCCUUGAAAGAAUUGUCCGUGGGAGUGGCAAAAUCAAAUUUGUUGUCAAAAAGCCUGAGCUUGUCACUUCCUAUUUGCCUCCAGGACUGGCUAGUAAAAUAAACACUAAAGCAAUGAGUCCAAAGAGUUCAAAAAGGUCACGAAGUCCUGCAGGCAAUUCAAAGAUCCCAGAGAUUGAAGUUACUGUUGAAGAAGGUCCUAAUAAGCCACAAACAACAGAUGUUCGAACUAAUUCUCAAACCAAUGGGUCCAAUAUGGGUUUCAAGCCACGAGGAAGAGAGUUUUCUUUUGAGGCGUGGAAUGCCAAAAUUACUGACUUAAAGCAGAAGGUCGAAAAUCUUUUUAAUGAAAAAUGUGGGGAAGCGCUGGGGCUGACUGAACCAGUGAAGGUGCCAUUUGCGUUGUUUGAAUCCUUCCCGGAGGUUUUUUAUGUGGAAGGACUACCCGAGGGGGUGCCGUUCCGCCGACCUUCAACUUUUGGAAUACCAAGACUAGAGAAGAUCCUGAGAAACAAAUCUAAGAUAAAGUUCAUUAUUAAAAAGCCUGAGAUGUUUGAGGCAGCUCUUAAGGAAAGUUCUGCUAGAAGCCCCCAAAAAAAAAAUGAUUUAUCUAAUACAGCAAAUACAGCAAGCACCACAACAAACACAGGGGUGAACACAGCUGCAGGUGUUGAAGAUCUUAACAUAAUUCAAGUAACUAUACCAGAUGAUGAAAAUGAGCGACUGUCAAAAGUAGAAAAGGCCAGACAAUUGAGGGAACAAGUGAAUGACCUUUUUAGCCGGAAAUUUGGUGAAGCCAUUGGUAUGAAUUUUCCUGUGAAAGUCCCAUACAGAAAAAUCACUAUCAACCCUGGCUGUGUGGUGGUGGAUGGGAUGCCUCCUGGUGUGACAUUUAAAGCUCCCAGUUAUCUGGAAAUCAGCUCGAUGAGGAAGAUUUUGGAAUCAGCAGAGUUUAUAAAAUUUACUGUAAUUCGACCAUUUCCAGGACUUGUGAUUAACAAUCAGCUGGUGGAAAAAGCUGAAGCAGAAUCACCAGCAGCAGCACCAGCAGCAGCACCAGUACUACCAGAGCCAGCUGAACCAAACCAAGUACAAGUAUCUGUAGGAGAUACUACAAAAACAGAAGAAAAUUCUCAGAUAAAGCAAGAACCAGAUCCAACGUGGUAGAUCUCAUCAAUACUGGUCAGAAGCAUCCGGUUCUGAGAAGAGCCUGCCGGGACUGUCUUGAGCUGUGUAAUAUAACUGUAUAAGAGAAGUACCUUCUAUACAAACCCUUUUUGUACUUUUAGAUAGAAAUGUCUACUUUUUCAGCAGUUCUGUGAAUUGACUUAAAGCAAAGAAUGACUGUAGAUUUGGAAUGGCUGGUUUCACUUUGGAAUAUAUUAUAAGGACUAAAUUUGAUGCAGCAGUGCUGGGGAGAUGACAGGGAUUAAAAUCACCAGGGACUUAACAGAGGCUGUCUACAUUUCCCAAUGAAUUUCACUGUACCUGAAUGCAUCUCAGCUUUUGUAAUGAAGAAAAAUUCCUGCAAGUAGUUCAGUUUGUUAGUUUUACUUUGGGAAGAAAAAUCACUAAGUUUUUUGGUUCUUACUCCUUUAAUGGCUGAUUGGACAAUAGUAUCUGUAUAUUUGAACUAAUUUUUCCUUUGAUAUCUAUCACAAGUCACAUGUUUUUCAUAAAUAAAAGAUAAACUGGUUCACUUGACCGUUAGUAUGCAUUAAUGAGAUGGACUGUGAAAUGGUCAGUAUUUCAGUGUGCGGAUUAGGAACCAAUUUAAAUUAAACCUUGUUAUAGUUUGUUCCAUUAACUCAAAGUAGUAAGUGCAUGUUUUAUCAGAAUACCACGUGGCUUAUGUAUGAUGGGUCUGGUCUUGCAGUCCUAACAUAGGCAAAACUCGCAUGGACUUGUGAGAGCUUUUCUCCUGGAGGCUGUGGGGCAUGCCUUUCUGUUCACCUAGAACUAGUUAUGGAAACAUAUGCUACAAGCUGCUGUAAGUCCUACUAUGUCAAAAGUUAAGUCCCCUGUAGUCCUGGUUAUGCCCCACAUCAUGUAAGAGACUCAUGUACGCAGUUUUUUGAAGUUUCACAAACCAUAAGAGAUGUAAAGAGAUGUAUGAUAAUCUCUAUAGAGAAGAUACAAAUUAUUGUAAAGGUUUCUCUUUUAUUGGCAUGAAUUUGGGAUGACUGCAUUAUGCACAAAUGGUGAACCUUAUUCCCUGAUUAAGAAAUAAAGACCUUUCUGAUGCUUUUCA